AUGCGCCGUACUGCCUUCUCUCUUAUGAUUGUUCCACCAGAAUCUCAUCGGUACGCUAAGGCGACAUUUCAUGAGGGAGUGCACCGGCAGGCCCCUGGUGAUUCCACGCCAUGGCGCGACGUUGCUUCCCCUUUAAACAGGUUUAAAAUGUGGUGGUUGGCACCCGCUGCGAAGGGAACCAUGACGGCGGCGUGGUGCAUGACGAUUGUUAUGGGUGCAUAUUGCUUCUCUAUUCAGCAAGAUGCAAAAGGAACGUACCUGCUCAACAAUGUCCUGUUACGAACUCUGCACGAGGAGGCAAUGCGUGCCGAUGCUAACCAGGAGCGAGCGAAUGAACUCCAAGAGUAUCUGAAGCAAAGAUUGGAAAAGUUGGAGGCUGGUGGGAAGGCAGCGUCUCGUAACAUGGGCGGCGAUGCAGUCAAAGAGGGACUUAUCAAUCAUGAAUUGGAAAUUUCUCGUGAACGUGUUAGGAGCGACAGCAUUCACCAACGCAACCAACAACUAGUGGACGAGCUGCUCAAAGUGCGUCAAGAGCUUGCCGUGACAAGGAAAAAACAUUCGGCAGCCCUCUCGGAGAUCGAUAAAUUACAGAAGUUGCUGAAGGCGUGUACGUAG